AUGGAACAUCGAUGUGAUUGUGGUGAUUCACACAGUGAAACUGAUCUUGGAGUUCAAUAUAAUUUAUAUCAGAAAAUAGAUUUUGAAAACGUUGAAUGUUUAAAUGAGUAUCAAGAGAAUACUGGUAAAUCGGUUUUUAAACCUUGGGAAGAACGAUUAAAUCGCGAUAAGUACGUCGAAAGCGAUGCAGAUGACGAACUCCUCUUCAAUAUUCCAUUCACUGGAAACAUUAAGCUCAAAGGUUUAAUUGUCAUGGGUGGCCCAGAUGAUUCUAGUCCUUCAACAGUUAAAUUGUUCAAAAAUAAACCACACAUGACCUUUGAUGAUGUUGAGUUGGAGCCAGACCAGACUUUUGAACUGUGCAAAGAUGACUAUGGAGUUCACGAGUACCCAAUCAGGGUUGUUAAAUUUUCAUCGGUUCAUCAUUUAACUCUUCAUUUCUCUGGGAAUGGUGGUGCUGAAAGAACAAGAAUUGAUUACAUUGGUUUCAAAGGUGAAUGGACACCAAGACAUCAACACGGUGUAACUAUUUGCUGUUAUGAAUCACGACCGCAGAUUAGUGAUCAUGUUACCGAUUCUAAUGUUGUUAACAAAGAAAUUCAAUGA